CAAAUUCCGCUCACCGCUUCCUCCUCUGGAGCGCUCCGGGAUCAGUCGGAGGACAGCGGCGGAGCCCGGGUCAGACAUGGGGGAAAUCACCCUGCCACGCCGCAUGUUCCUCUGGUGCAUGGCGGCCAUCUACAUGUGCGCCUUCGUGUCGCUGUACGUGCAGAUUCCAGGUCUCUAUGGUAACGAUGGACUGCUGCCCGCCCGCUGGCAGCUGCGUUACAGCGGGAAGCCCCUGGUGGAGCAGCUGCUGUCGUCCCCCACCCUGCUGUGGCUGGGACCCCGGGUGGGCCUGGACACUCACACGGCCAUGGAGCUGCUGUGCCUCCUGGGAGCGGCGCUGAGCCUCGCCGCCACGCUGGUGGAGGCUCUGCGGGACAGCCUGGUGUUUCUCUGCCUCUGGGCCUUCUACCUGUCCCUGUACCAGGUGGGCCAGGUGUUCCUCUACUUCCAGUGGGACAACUUGCUCCUGGAGACGGGGUUCCUCUGUAUCCUCGUCGCCCCCAUGACCUUAAUUCGGGGAUCACGAGGGGUCAAAGAGCACGAUCGUGUGACCUUCUGGCUGAACCGCUGGCUGCUCUUCAGACUGAUGUUCGCCUCUGGAGUGGUGAAACUCACCUCGCGCUGUCCCACGUGGUGGGGCCUCACAGCUCUGACGUACCACUAUGAGACCCAGUGCAUCCCCACCCCGCUGGCCUGGUUCGCCCACCAGCUGCCAGUGUGGUGGCAGAAGCUGAGCGUGGUGGGAACCUUCGUCAUCGAGAUCGCGGCGCCUUUCCUCUUCUUCAGUCCGUUGCGCCGGCUGCGACUCGGUGCUUUUUACUUGCAGGUGCUGCUCCAGCUGCUCAUCAUUUUGUCGGGAAAUUACAACUUCUUCAACCUGCUGACUCUGACGCUCUGCCUCUCCCUCCUGGACGAUCAGCACGUUCACUUCUGGCUCCGCAGGCCGCAACGCAGAGAGACGAACACAGACAGGAAGCUGUGGUCGCGGCUGUGUUACCUGCUGGAGAUCGCAGUCUGGUCCCUCCUGAUCUUCGGAGCGAUCAUCGGCUUCGACUUGCAGGUGGACAAACUGAAGAAUGGCGUCUCGUCCCGGACAGCUUUCACGUUUCAUCAGUUUAACCAGUUUCUAAAGACGGUCACCAUCCCCUGUAUCUGGAUCGGCGUCCUCUCGCUCACCUGGGAGCUGCUCUCCUCUUUAUUCUGGUGUGCCUGUGUGUCUGGUUUCCUGAGGAGGUUUUGGAGAAUGACCCAGCUGAGUGUGUUUGCUGUCGCUACCGUUUUGAUGUUCACUGUCAGUCUGGUGCCUUUCUCUUACAUCGAGUACGACUCUCACGCCCGGCUGUGGCCGGCGGUGCGCCGCGCUCACGAUAUGGUGCACCGCUACCAGCUGGUCAACUCGUACGGGCUGUUCAGAAGGAUGACCGGCGUGGGAGGUCGCCCCGAGGUCGUCAUCGAGGGAAGCUACGACGCCAUCACCUGGACGGAGAUUGAGUUCAUGUAUAAACCGGGAAACCUGAGCGCCGCUCCCCCGGUGGUGACCCCACAUCAGCCCCGGCUGGACUGGCAGAUGUGGUUUGCUGCUCUCGGGCCUCAGAACCAGGCUCCAUGGUUCAGCAGCCUGAUGCAGCGACUGCUGCAAGGCAAAGCGGACGUGAUCAAGUUGAUCCAGACAGACGUAUCCCAGUAUCCAUUUCACCGGCAGCCUCCCGCCUACCUCCGAGCUCACCGCUACAGAUACUGGUUCACUGAACCGAAGGCUGACGGGUCGUACCCUGAGCGCUGGUGGAGGAGAGUCUACGAUGAGGAAUUCUAUCCCACAGUGCAUCUGGGCCACACUUUCCUGGAGAGCAUGCUCAGCCAGUACGGCCUAAAGGACAAGUCGGCGCCACGCCGUCUGUCCAACAGCUCCACAGCUCGGGCCGUGAGGUGGGUGCGCUCGCAGGUGGACGGUUUCUCUGGCCACACAAUAGUCUGGACCUUGCUGGCCUGCAGCGCCACCUUCUGCCUGCUCCAGGGAUUAUUCAGCAGGAAGAAACUCGGGAAGCCGACCUCGGUGACGCCAGAGGUCGCCGACACUGAAGACGAUGGAUCGGAAAGUGGAGCGGAUGAAACUCUGGACUCUUGUGGGAUGUCUGAACAGCAGCAGGAGGAGGAAGCGGAAGAGGAGAAAGAUGGAACUCAGGAUGAAGAGGAGGAGGAGGAGGAGGAGGGAGAAAUGGACAAGGCGAUGCUUGAAAAAGAAGAGCUUUGAAGAAGAUGCAGGUGACCGGCCGGCUGUCAGACUGCUACCGCCUGCUGCCUUCAGGAAAUUUAUAAAGGACCAAAGAAACUGAAUUUUGUGCUUUUUCCAGUCUGUCAAUCUGUUUUUUUUUUUUGUUUUUUUUUUUGUUUUGUUUUUUGCCCUCUAUCACCUGUUUUUGUUCACGUCAGAUCAUGACCACUCGAUCACAUCGGAGCAGUUUCAAGGGCAUUUUAUACACACUGACAAUUGAACGAAUAAAACCAGACAGAAAUGCAGGUCUUCCAGUCAAACUUCAGUCGGCUCAUCAGAAACAGAAAAUGUGCUCAUGUUACUUCACCACUUUUGCCUUUUUAGAAAAAAAAUUAAAAAGUCUGUGUUUGCUUUCAUCCUGUAUGUACAAAGUAAAAACACAGAAGCACUUUUUAAAAAUGUUUAAUAUAAUUUACAAUAAAAUGCAAAUAUUUGUAGACGUGUCAUUUUGCAAAACGAUUCAUGCUUUCAGCCUGACUGUGAGUUUACUUUGACUAAUCGGUAAAUGGAUUUCACUUAUGUUGCAGAGC